UUUGGAUUUGAAACCUCUCUUGCAACAGUUUCUCCUAUCGUCAUGUCGGAAACGGCUCCGGCGGAGAGUGCCGCGCCGGCACCUGUAGAGAAGUCCCCCGCCAAGAAGAAGGCAGCUAAGAAAACGGCUGGUGGCGCCGCGAAGCGCAAGGCGACCGGGCCCCCAGUCUCCGAGCUGAUCACUAAGGCUGUGGCCGCUUCCAAAGAGCGCAAUGGCCUCUCCUUGGCCGCGCUUAAGAAAGCUCUAGCCGCUGGUGGCUACGAUGUGGAGAAGAACAACAGCCGCAUCAAGCUGGGCCUGAAGAGCCUGGUGAGCAAGGGCACCCUGGUGCAGACCAAAGGCACCGGCGCCUCGGGCUCCUUCAAGCUCAACAAGAAGGCGGCCUCCGGGGAAGCAAAGCCCAAGGCCAAGAAGGCUGGUGCCACCAAGGCCAAGAAGCCCGCGGGGGCCACUCUUAAGAAGCCCAAGAAGGCGGCAGGAGCCAAGAAGUCCGCGAAGAAAACUCCGAAGAAGGCAAAGAAGCCUGCGGCUGCAGGUGUUAAGAAAGUGGCCAAGAGCCCUAAAAAGACCAAAGCUACCGCCAAGCCAAAGAAGACCGCAAAGAGUCCUGCCAAGCCGAAGGCAGUGAAGCCUAAAGCAGCUAAACCCAAGGCCGCGAAACCUAAAGCAGCUAAGCCCAAAGCUGCAAAGGCUAAGAAGGCGGCUCCCAAGAAGAAGUAGGUUAGUUAGCCUGUUCAAAAAUCUAAACCCCAA